AUGUGGAACUUGUAUAUCAAAAACCAACUAAUGAAGAGGCUCAGACUUCUAGAGGGUACCAGAUUACCCAAAACAACCUCCUCUACCUUUCGAAUACCAUCAAUCUAUCUUAUUCUGUCCCUCUUCAAACACUACCUGCAAUCAUUCAACAUGGGCAAAUCACACAAGUACAAUGAUCGCGACCAUGCUGGCCUUGCCGAUGGUACCGCUCUUCCACAAGAGCAUUUGCCUCGUUAUUUCGCAAAGUCAGGUCAUAUUGAUGCCGAUCCAAAGAAAGCCAAGAAGAACGGUGCUGGAAAGGGCGGAUGGGGUGUGAAUGGUGAAGAAGUCCAAGAUGAGGGUUUCAAUAUGGCCAAUGCUCGUCGUCGUUCCAACAGUAGCUCUUAUACUGCCGGUCUCAAAGACUUCAAGACCAAAUUCGAACAGAUUGAAACCGAGCCAGUUUUCGAGGAAAACAUCCAUGGUGCCUUGAUGGAAGAACUUCCAGAGACUACUCGUUCCAACACAAACAGUUCAGAGAGUAGCAGUGUUGAUGAGGAUGUCAAGACCAAGUAAAGUAAUAUUUGGAUCUUGAUGGGCUGGAUAUGGCAUGAACUUAUUACAUAAAUGUCAUCUGUAUGAGGACUUGAUGAUGUUUAAUUGUCG